UCAUCUCAGGACACUUCCGACUCCGACUCGUCCGACUCUGACUCCGACUCUGAGGAGGAGGUCAAGAAGACCGAGGAGCCCAGCAAGAAGCGCAAGGCCGAGGAGGCCCCUGCCGCUUCCUCCAAGAAGGUCAAGGUCACCGCUGAGGGUCAGUUCGGUGAGCCCAGCAAGGUUCUCUUCGUCGGUGGUCUCUCAUGGAACGUCGACGAGGACUGGCUCUCCAAGGAGUUCGAGGAGUUCUCUCCCGUCUCCGUCAGAGUCAUCACCCACGCCGACUCCGGCCGCUCCAAGGGCUUCUCAUACGUCGAGUUCACCGACGUCGAUGCCGCCACCGAGGCCCUCAACGCCAAGCACGGUACCGACCUCGACGGCCGUACCCUCAAGUGCGACUUCAGCACUCCCAGAGACAACAGCAACCGCAGCUACGACAAGAACCAGGGUGCUCCCUCUACCACCCUCUUCGUCGGCAACGUUUCCUUCAACACCACCACCGACUCCCUGACCGGCUACUUCUCCGAGUUCGGCAGCAUCAACAGCAUCCGUCUGCCCACCGACCGCGAGACCGGCGCCCCCAAGGGCUUCGGUUACGUCGAGUUCGGCUCGGUCGACGAGGCCAAGGCUGCUCUCGAGGGCCUGAACGGCGCCGACGUCGACGGCCGCAACAUCCGCUUGGACUUUGCUGCUCCCCGUGACAACAACGGCGGCGGUGGCGGCUUCGGCGGCGGCCGUGGCGGCGGUGGUCGCGGCGGCAGAGGCGGCUUUAACGACCGUGGCGGUCGCGGCGGCGGCAGAGGCGGUCGUGGCGGAUUCGGCGAUCGUGGCGGCCGUGGAGGUCGUGGCGGCGGUCGCGGUGGAUCUACCAACCGUGGCGGCUUUGGUGAUUUCCAGGGCAACCGCAUGUCCUUUGACUAG